AUGCUAAAGUCGAAUAUUAAAUUCGUGUCACUUGGUGAUGGAAUUGAAGUGAAUACGACACACGUUGUUUUUAAUGAAGGAGAAGAGGUGGAUAUAUCAACCAAACAACGUGAAUUGUUAUGUGUAGGAAACUCCACAAAACACAACAUGAAAAUUCAAAUAACAGCGAAAGAUACUGAUACACACAAAUUUGUGUUUACAUCAAAUCAACAUCUUAUGGUAUUACGAAAAGGAGAAGCUUGUGAAUUUAAGUUGUUUGUUGAAGUUCUCUGUACAACAAAAGUUGAAAGUGAUUUUAUGUUAGUUGCAAAUUCAUAUGUAUCAGAAAGGGAAUUGUAUAAACCCAUUAGUUUCUCAAUAGUAUCUAAGUUGUCUUCUAAAUUAGAUCCAGAUGAAUUAAAAGAAAACACGAAACUUGGAGAAGGAUCGUUUGGUAUUGUGUAUAAAGGUAUCUUUAGAAAAGAAAUUGUAGCAAUUAAAAAAAUGAGAGAGGUGAGUGAUACAGAAAACGCGAUUAUAGAAUUUGAAAAAGAAGUUUCCAUGUUAGACAAGUUCAGGAGUGAAUUUAUUGUUCACUUCUAUGGUGCCGUGUUCGUACCAAACAAAGUGUGUAUGAUCACCGAAUUUGCUCCAUUUGGAAAUUUACAAGACUUGAUGAAACACUACCAAAGUGAAGAAAUUGAUGUGACGCUUCGUGUUAAAUUUAUGUUGGACGCAGCAAAAGGAAUAUCGUAUUUACACACAAAUGGGAUAUUACACAGAGAUAUUAAACCAGAUAAUUUUCUUGUGUUUUCACUUGAUUUAAAUCAGCGAGUAAACGCAAAGUUGACUGAUUUUGGAAGUGCUAGAAAUGUCAACGUAAUGAUGACAAACAUGACAUUCACUAAGGGUAUUGGAACACCAAAGUACAUGGGGCCCGAAAUUUUAAAUAAAAAUAAAUACAAGAAAAGUGCAGAUAUUUAUUCGUUUGCAAUUACCUUGUUGGAAGUUCUUACUUGGGUAGAACCAUUUCCAAAAGAGAUUUAUAAAUUUGGAUGGUCGAUUGCUGAUUUAAUAUCGAUCGGCAAACGACCAUCAACUAUUUUAAAACUCGAAAAAAAGUAUCAAAGCAUCAUUGAAAAUGCAUGGAAACAAGAACCAAAAGAACGAAGUGAUAUUAAUACUAUUAUCGCUUGUUUGGAACAUCUUUAA